GCAUGAAUGAACCUGUAUCAUAAUCAUACGCAUGACAGCUAGAAUGCAUUAUUUCAUCACAGGCGGCAAUUCCCGUUUCAUUCUGACCACUCACUCUCAGCGAUGAGCAAUUUCAAGUUACCACAGCUACCAAAUAUCGAAAGCCUCCGUGGAGAACUCUCAUACAAUAGAAAUACAAUAACCUUCCUGAAUUCGCCGAAUGAGUCCGACUUUCCGUCUCUCUCCCCGGAACUUACGGACAACAUCAUCGAUUUUUUGUCAUCUGACCCUCUCAGUCUUAUGCGUACAAGUCUUGUUUGCAGACUCUGGCUUCCUAGGAGUCGGUUUCAUUUAUUUUCCUCCGUGCGCUUGGAGCUAUUGAAGCUGAAGAGGAUUAGCAAGUUCCUGCAACUUAUUCAGUCGCCUAAUUGCACCAUUCAUAUUGGCACUCUUAUUAUUUCGGCGCGGAUUCUGCCUCUAGAAUGGACGCCGGACUAUCAGAAUGAUGUCGCCACUAGCGUAUACUCAAUUCUGACUGUCCCUGGUCCCUGCAGGGCUCUAUCUCGCACAGAGUCACUGGUUCUUGACCAGUUUGAUACCACCAAGACAUGCCUUUCAUUCGCCUUCGGAAUCGAAGCUUUCUCUCGAACCUUCACAAACGUCCAAUCCAUAACGUUCAAACGCGUUCGGUUCCAAAACAGCGCCAACAUGAUGCAAUGUGCCCAAUCCUUUCCCUCGGCGACGAAAUGGACCUGCUCCCAGGUCACAUUCGUUGAUGGAGAUAACACUACUGGCCAUCUUCAUGAUGCAGUGGUCCAAAAAAGCCCAUUGCACAUUGUGGUGCUAGAUGAUGUUCCGGGUUGCGUAUACGAGUGGUUCUUUCUGCAUGAGCAUGAUGAGAAAACCAUGUGCAUGGACACUCUUUCAGCGACUCUGGUCGCUGAUGAUAGGCUUCCUUUUCUGCGAGGGGUGCUUCUAUCACAGAUUGGGUCUCGCCUCGCCGUGUUGGAGAUUUCCUUCCUUGACCAUUAUAUCUCCAGGCAAUCAGACUUCGUAUCCUCAUCUCGAAAUCUCCCCGACUUCUCUCGCCUCACCCAGCUUCGGAGUCUGAGGUUCUGUGACAUUUCUAUAGAUAUAGUGUCUGGGGUGUACCGGAAGGCUAUCCCGCGUCUGCUCUCGCAAAUCCGGUCCCCCUUAUUGGAAGAAGUGUACUUUGAGUGUACCACGUUUGCUCUUCCCCAUCGACCGGCGGGAGGGAAGAAGGAUCUAGCCAAUCGGUCCUGGAUACAUAAUUUCCUGGAUUGGGAUCUUCUUGCGGUGGUUCUUGCGCGGAACCAGUUUGGUGGUUUGAGGAAGCUGUGCUUUGUGUGCCCGUUGUAUUAUGGGGCGAGGUUCACGAGGCUGGCGUGUAGAAAGCUGGAGGAUUGUCCGUGUCGCGGAGUUAUCUCGAUCAUUGAAUCAGGGGUGUGAGUUUCAUGACCUUUGGGUGUAAAUUUUUGGACCUUUCACCUCAGGAAACUCUGUAUUGGGGCACGACGCGUCUGAAAGUAGUAGAGAGAAAACUGCUUCGAACAACGUGUUACAAUGUGC